AUGCAAUGGAAGAACGGUGAUACAACGAAUGGACAAGUUGUUGCUGGUGGUAAAGGCCAAGGAAAUGGAUUACAUCAAUUGAAUGGUCCAACUGAUGUAUUAAUUGAUAAAGAGACGGAUAGUCUCAUUAUUUGUGAUCUAGACAAUCGACGAGUUGUACGAUGGUCUCGUCGUAGUGGUACAACACAAGGUGAAAUACUCAUCGACAACAUUGAUUGUCAUGGAAUAGCUAUGGAUGAUCAGAGAUAUCUCUACGUUUCUGACGUCGAAAAACAUGAAGUAAGACGAUAUCAAUUGGGUGAGAAGAAUGGCACUCUCGUAGCUGGUGGUAAUGGUGAAGGUAAUGGUCUCAAUCAGCUCAACUUGCCGACAUUUAUCUUUGUCGAUCGACAACAAAAUGUCUACGUAUCAGACUUCAACAAUAAUCGUGUAAUGAAAUGGAAUAAAUGUGCAAAAGAAGGUAUUGUGGUCGCUGGAGGACAAGGCCAAGGGAGUGCUUUGACACAAUUGUAUUGGCCUAAUGGAAUCUUCGUUGAUACGUUGGGUAUACUCUAUGUAGCAGACUCAGUGAAUGAUCGUGUAAUGCGUUGGACUCAAGGAGACAAGAAACAAGGCACUGUAAUUGUGGGUGGGAAUGGUUGGGGAGAAGGAGCAAAUCAGUUCAAGCACCCCGCUGGCUUGUCCUUUGAUCGACAUGGUAAUCUCUAUGUCGUCGAUUGGGGUAAUGCUCGUGUUCAACGGUUUUCUAUCGAAUAA